AACAAGCUCACUCGCCACUCUCGCCCCGUUUCAGGUCUGCUGCAGGUCCAGGUCGGCAGGAAUCACGGCGGAAACUUGAAGCGAAGAUGUGGGCGCUCGGGGCCGUGGGAGUCGGGCUGCUGUGGGCGCUGCUGGCCGCUCUGGUGCCCGGCAGCGCGUCGGAGCUCGUAACGCUAGUGCAGGAGCAGGCUAAGCCCGAGUCCGUCCUGCUGAAGCCAAAGGUUAUGAUCGCCAUUGUGGCUCGGAACGCUGCGCACAGCUUGCCUCACUACCUGGGCUGCAUAGAGAGGCUGGAGUACCCGAAGGAGCGCAUAGCGAUCUGGGCUGCAACAGACCAUAAUGUAGACAACACUACUGCCAUGCUGAGAGAGUGGCUGAAGAGAGCUCAGCGUGUGUACCACUAUGUAGAGUGGAGACCCAUGGAGGAGCCGAGGUCCUACACGGAUGAGUGGGGUCCGAAGCACUGGUCGCCUUCAAGAUUCAACCAUCUGAUGAAGCUACGACAGGCAGCACUGAAGGCCGCCAGGGAAAGAUGGGCCGACUACAUACUAUUUGUUGACAGUGACAAUCUGUUGACCAACCCACAACUCCUCACCUUGAUGAUGGCUGAAAACCUGACUCUGGUGGCUCCCAUGUUAGAGUCUCGCUCGCUUUACUCCAACUUUUGGUGCGGCAUGACCCCACAGGGUUACUAUAAGAGAACCCCAGACUACCAGCCCAUCAGGGAGUGGAAGCGGCUAGGCUGUUUCCCUGUUCCCAUGGUCCACAGCACCUUUUUAUUAGACCUGCGUCGUGAAUCCAGCAGAGACCUGGCCUUCUACCCUCCUCACCCAGACUACAGCUGGGCGUUUGAUGACAUCAUGGUGUUUGCUUUCUCGGCCCGUCAGGCAGGUGUGCAGAUGUACGUGUGUAACAGAGAGCACUACGGUUUCCUCCCUGUCCCUCUGAAAUCUCAGCAGAGUGUAGAAGAUGAGAGUGAGAGUUUCAUACACACCAUCACAGAGGCUUUGAUUGAACAUGACAUUGAGCCCUCUGAGCACCUGUACUUCCCCCCAUCACCACAGGACAUGAUUGGCUUUGAUAAAAUUUUCCUGAUCAACUUGAAGCGUCGGCUGGACAGAAGAACCCGGAUGUUGAAAUCAUUAGCUUCACUGGGUUUACACGCCACACUGAUAGAUGCAGUGGAUGGCAAGGCUCUGAAUACGUCCCAGCUGCAGGCACUGGGAAUAGAAAUGAUGCCUGGCUAUAAGGACCCAUACUCCGGUCGGGUGCUGACGCGAGGGGAGAUCGGUUGCUUCCUCAGCCAUCACUCCAUAUGGAUGAAGAUGUUGGAGCAGGGCCUCCAGAGAGUGCUUGUUUUAGAGGACGACGUCAGGUUUGAGCCCAGGUUUAAGCGACGACUUCAGGCCAUAAUGAGUGACAUAGACCAGGCCCAGCUGGACUGGGACCUCAUCUAUGUUGGGCGUAAGCGUAUGCAGGUGCAGCAGCCGGAGCAGUCAGUGGAUGGUGUGAACAACCUGGUGAAGGCCGACUACUCCUAUUGGACCCUUGGUUAUGCACUUUCACAGCAGGGAGCAAGAAAGUUGCUGGCUGCAGAUCCCUUCUCAAGGAUGCUGCCUGUCGAUGAGUUCCUACCCGUCAUGUUUAACAAACAUCCCAACACUCAGUACAUGUCUCAGUUUGAGCCGAGGGACUUGCAGGCUUUCUCCGUGGAGCCUCUCCUCAUCUACCCCACCCACUAUACAGGAGAGCCUGGCUACAUCAGUGACACUGAGACCUCCACCAUCUGGGAUGAUGAGGCUGUGGCGACAGACUGGGACCGACAGCACGCCCGCAAGACGGCCCAGCAGGGCAGAAUUCGACCUGUGGCGCAGAACAGCGUCACUGGAGACACACCACCUCCGGCAGCUCGGGCCUCACGAGACGAACUCUGAUACUCACACCUAAGACUGAGAGAGACUCCUGCUUACUUCGCCAGGUACACACAGUGGAUGUUCGGUGUACAAACACUUGAAAAGACUGCUGAACUGCAAGCGGACAUGCUGUACAUACACUCAUGGGUGAAUAAAAGACAAAAUCUGAUGUCAAUAAAGGGACUGAGGAAGAGGAGGGGAAGCUGGGAAAGGGGCCAGCAGGCCUUUGACAAACCUUUAUUUAUUCCCAAUGUGCCUCUGCUGGGCGUAUGGAAACGAACCAAGGCAACACAUGGAUGAAAGCUGAGUUUAUUUCAGGAUGUGAAAGAGAAAAAAAACUUCUCACAGUUAUUUUUAUGUUGUUUAAAAGAUUAUUGUUAUUUAAAAAGAAAAACAUGUUUCCUUAAUUGAACAGCUGAGGAAUAAAGACUUUUUUUUGCUGUUUGAGAAAACUCUGGAGCGUAUGUGUGUGACUGUGGAAAAAUGGUUGUUUGACAAAAACGUGUGGGAGGAGAGGCUUACAUGCUGUACCCAAGAUUGUCACUACUUUAGAUGAUGUCAGACACUCAAACACAAACAGAAUAAGCCUUUGCAACACAUGCAAACCUGGAAAUGUUAAGAAAAGUUCAGGCAGGCUGCCCCUUAAGUCCUCCGGAGUUGUUGGUUCACAUGAGCACCUUAAGGUGGGAGACUUUUCCUGUGGAACAAGGGAGGCAGGGGGCAUAAAAAGAAGGACACGGAGUCAGAAGAGGACAAGAGGAAGACCAUUUCUGUCUUUAUAACAGUGCUACACGUAUUUAUACGUAUUGCUUUAUUUUAUAGAGUAUGCCACAACACAGUACACUCAUACAUGCACUUCAUUAGUGUCUGAUUUGUCUGACUUAUAUAAAGUUAAUUAUUUCAACUCAAGUUUGUAAUGAAUGAACUUCAUAGUAUUCAAAUAAAUGUGCUGUAAUAUAGAGUUUUCCCCUUUUUGCAGCUAUAACACCUUCCGCUCUUCCUCAAAGGCUUUCCAUAAGAUUUUGGAGUUUCUUUUGGGAAUUUCUGCCCAUUCAUUCUGUAGAGCAGGGGUGACCAACAUUGUCCAUUCAGGUUCCCAUACAGAAUUAUAAAAGGAUGGCGGGUCCACUGUCAUACACUACUCCUUGAGGAUAUUAAAGUUCUCCAAGGUUUUGCCUUUGGAAUGCUAUUGGCAUUGCUGUUUGCUGCUCUAAUCAAAGUGGGCAUUUUAAAUCAAGAUAUCAAUAUUAUUUUGGUUGCUAAAAUGUUUGCAGUGUUGUCUCAGUUCAGUAAUGACUGAAGUACAUAAAUAAAUUUCUCUUGUCAAAAUGUCUGUUUACAGAAUUAGCAUGGUACAGCUGCCUUGUGCUAGAGCAAGUACCAUACAGCCAAGCGCAAGCUUCAUGUUUCAGUGUGGGUCAUAUUUUAUUUAAUUCUAAUAAUGUUCUGGGGGCUGUAGUGUUGUACUCAAGACCAGAUUAUCCAGGACCAAGACUUACCCAAGACCAGAGUUCACUGAGACACAGAUAAGACCAAGACUUUUGGGGGUCAGGACAGAGUCAAGACCGAGACAAGACCAAGACUAUAAAAAUUAAUUUAACAAAACCAUGACAAGGUUGACCAAUUAACGAGCACUCUCUUUAAUUUUAGUUUUCCUUUUAAUAAAUUUGACGGAUAAAAACAAAGUGUCUGCAACUCUUUCAAAGCACAUCAUCCAAAAAUCUCAAAUUUUAACAAAGUUUAACAAACAAAUCCUUGUAUGUCAUUAGAAGCAACGGAUAAGUCCAGAAUUUUUUGAAAUAUCUCACAAAUGAGAUGUUUAUCCAGAUUUGUCAGGUGAAUUGGGCCUAAAGUAAGUGUUCAGAUGUAUGGUCUCUACCGGUCUUGAUGGAAAAUCCUGAGUCCAGCCAGUCCAAGACUGAUACAAGACCGAGUAAAAAUGCUCUUGACUCCGAGACAAGACCAGGACAUUCAAAAUUAGGUCUUGAGAACAGUCUCAAGACCAAGACCGUUCUUGAGUACUACAACACUAGCGGGACGAUCAUAAAUGGAUUGCAGGCUGGAUUUGAUUUCGCUUUCUAGGCUGUGUUGUUGUUGUUUCUGAACACUUCCACUUUCUACUGGAAUAUACAACAGGGGUCAAAUUUCACAGAUCAGAGCUGGCAUCCAUCACAGCACCACGCUUGAAGUCACAGAGCUCUUCAGAAGGACCCAUUUUAGCUGCCUGAUGUCUGAUCUUAAAUACCAGUGGCAACAGGUCUGAUAGGAACACUUGAGAUUCAAUGAUUAACAGAUGUUGCCAAAUCCUUAUAUAGUGUAUCUCAUGGCUCUGCUCGGAAUAAUCUUAGUGCAUCACUCAUUCAUAAAUUACUUGUGUAGCCAGUAGGAUCUAUGGUUAAUGAUAA